AUGCAUUUUUCAACAACAGUCAACAUAUUCAGUCUCGUGGCUACAGCUGUCUCGGCGACCUCCCAUAUCAGUCGUUCCAACUCUUCUGCAGGAGAGGUUGCGGUUUACUGGGGCCAAAACGGCGGAAACACAGUGGAAAAUAAUGAUCUAUCCAGUUACUGUGCACCAGAUUCUGGAGUUGAUAUUAUUAUUCUGAGUUUCCUUUAUGAAUAUGGGAAUAGCAAUAGUAUACCGUCGGGUACUAUUGGUCAAUCUUGCUCUAUUUCUUUGAAAGGGGAACCCAGUAACUGCGAUGAUCUUGCAUCUGCAAUCGAAACUUGUAAAUCUCAUGGUGUUAAGAUAAUACUGUCCCUUGGUGGUGGAAGUGGUGCGUACUCACUACAGUCACAAGCUGAAGCUGAAGCAAUCGGCCAAAACCUUUGGGAUGCAUAUGGAAAUACUUCACAGGGUAAUAUCCCUCGCCCUUUCGGCAAAACAUUUGUUGAUGGUUGGGAUUUUGAUAUUGAAAAGCCCGAAGGUAGCCAGUAUUAUCAAUACCUGAUAUCGGUUUUACGUUCCAAUUUUGCUUCAGAUCCCUCCCACGUCUACUAUAUAAGUGGAGCGCCCCAGUGCCCUCUUAAUGAGCCUUAUAUGAGGCAAGCAAUCCAGGAAGCGGUUUUUGACUAUCUCUGGGUUCAGUUCUACAACAAUGAUGACUGUUCGCACCCGAAUCCCAUAAAUUAUAACGAUUGGGUAGAUCUGAUUACAACUGGCUCCUCAGCUGCCGCCAAGGUCUUCAUUGGUGUGCCGGCAUCCACAAAGGGAGCAAAUGGUAAAAUAAGCGGAGAAAAAUACUACAUGAGUCCAAGUGAUUUGGCCAUUACAGUCACAAAGUACACCAUGAAUUCGCAUUGGGGAGGUAUUAUGCUCUGGGAUGCUGGAUUUUCAGACGCAAAUGUCAUUGGUGGAUGCACCUAUGCACAACAAAGUAAAAAUAUCCUCAAUAAAGGCUCACCCUGCUCAGGAUCAGGUACAGGAACAACAGUAACUAACGCACCGAGCCGAACUUCUUCGCUUAAUUCAACAUCAUUUGUGACGGGUCCUUUCAUAUCACAAUGGGGUCAGGUUAGUGUGCUAUUCUCUCAGGUUCCCACCAAUAGCUGA